UUUCUAUUCUGAUUUCUUUUUCUACUUUUCCAUAGAGAUUUGAAUUUGUAUUAAAAAGUUUUACCAUGAAAAGUAGAGAUUAAUUGUCGUACUUUUCUUGUGUAUUUUCUAAUACUUUUAAAUUAAUUACCCUUGGCAAAAUUACGUUACUAACAAUUAAAGGUUAUAAGUUUGACCAAUAAUGGAACGGUAAUGUUCACCAACACCAAACUCCCGCGUUUUAUAAAGUCGCCUGUCAAAGUGUUUUGCAUUAUUAUAGGACUGUGGAUAAUUUUGUAAGCUUUUAUUGUAUUGUGCCUUGAAAUGUGAUUAUUUGUUAUAACAGAAUAGAGCUUUAUUGUUGGUUAUUUAAAUUUUAACUAAAGUAGUAAUUUAGUUAUUAUCUGCAAUAUAUAAAAUGAAAACUCCUAAGUCUCAUGAAGCAGACGUAACACCUACAAAGAAAAAACUAAAACAGGCCAGGCUUCCAUUUAUGUUGUUAAGCGACGUCUCGCCUGCAACAGAAACUACCCAAACCAGAAAGAGAAAAUUAUCUGCCCCUGAAAGUGAGCCUGUCACAAAAUUGGGUAAAGUAACAAAAGAAAACGACAAGAUCGAUGAUUUGGUAGUUAUUAGUGAUGAGGACUGUAAAGAUGAGACUAAGAUACUUACAGAAGACAAAACACUUAAUCCAUAUGUUAAAUUGGUUGAUAGUGCUCGGAAGAAAAAACAAAUGUCGAAAACAUUGAAGAAGAAAAAAAAUGGCAAGGACUCGAAAAAUGGUACAAAUCCAGUUGAAACGAAAACUUCAGAGGAUUUAGAACAAUUAAAUGGAUCUGCAUGUAUGGAAAUUGAUAAUAGUGAUAAUAAUAUUGAAAUUCCUUCUGAUGGUGAGUCUACGGAUGUUUCAUCCAAAAAUAAUGACAUUAAUGUGGUAAACGAAAAAUGCAACAUAGAAAAUAAUGAGGUUAAGGAUAUAGUAGAUUGUCAUAAGACUGAUAAAGAUGAAAAAAUAGAAGAUGGUGAUUGUAAUGAAUCUAAAAACAUAGAUGAAGAAUCUAAUAUAGUUACUCCCAAACGGAGCACACGGAAUAGAUCAAGAAUUGAAAGUAAAUUAGACACAUCACAAACAAGUGUGUGUGAUGUAUCUGCACAAUCAAAUGCAACACCUCAAACACCUAGACAAACUCGGAAUUCAAUAUCAAGCAGUACAGAACGCACUCCUAAUAAUUCGGCCAUAUUAACACCAAAACAGCAAGUCCAGAAGAAGUUGGACUCAGCAAAAAAGAAAGAAAAAGAGAAACAAGAUCGGGAGAUGAAAAGACAACAGGAAAAAGAAGAAAGGGCUAAACAGAAGCAAGAAAAGGAGGAGCAAAAAAGGAAAGAGAGGGAAGAAAAAGAAGAGAUGAAACGAAAAGAGAAGGAGGAGAAAGAAGAACAAAAGCGCAAAGAGAAAGAAGAGAAGGAAGAACUAAGACGAAAAGAAAAAGAAGAGAAAGAACGUCAAAAAGAUUUAGAAAAACAAGAGAGAGAAAAAUUAAAGAAAAAAGAGAGAGAAGAAAAAGAAGAAAUGCGUAGAAGGGAAAAAGAAGCAAGGGAAGAGGAAAAGAAAAAGAAACAAGAGGCUUUAGAGAUAGAAAGACAAGAACAAGAACAAAAGAAAAAGAAAGCAGCUGAGGCUUUCGCAAAUUUCUUUGUUCAGAAACAGAAAACUGAGAAAGACCAGCACACAAUUGGUCCUGUUAGUAUAAACAGUGUACUAUCCAGUUUCACAAUUAAAGCGGAUAUGAGGCUGGCGCCUACUACCAGGAAUUACAUAAGCGAUGAACAAAAAGAGAAUCUAGAUAAAUUUCUUGAAGGACAAAAUGUACCAAGUAAUAAAUUGUAUGUAAAGAGUUUAAAAGAAGGUUUAAACAAACCUAUGUCUAGUGGAAAAACAUGGCCGUUGAGUGAUAAAGAAAAUGAUGAUGAUGUUAUGAUUGUGGAGGAUGAUUUACCACCCAUAGAUGAUGCGAAUGAAAUAUUAUCUUGUGAAACAUCUGCCCGUGAGAGACUUCGGCCAAAACUAUUAAGUUUCCAUGAAAACAGACGUCCACCAUACUGGGGCACUUGGAGAAAACGGAGCACAUUUGUUACACCUAGAAGACCUUUUCAACAGGAUCAGAAGCAUGUAGACUAUGAGGUAGACAGCGAUGAGGAGUGGGAGGAGGAGCAGGAGGGGGAGAGUAUCGACGGCAGUGCGGCUGGCAGCGAUGACGAGCCUGAUGCCGACGAAUACGAAGUCGAUAACGAGGUCUUCGUCCCGCAUGGAUACUUAAGUGACGAGGAAGCCACAGUAGAUGAAGACGAUGUCCUAUCUCUUUCGCCUGAAACGCAAAAAGCGAGACUGAAACAUCUAGAAGAUGAGUUUGAAAGUGAACUUAAAAAGCCUACGGAAAAGUUAAAACCAAGGAUGUAUGGAUUAUUAUGGGAGACUGUUGAAGGAGAAAAACCAGAAAAAUGUGUUGACGCGUUGUGGAGUUACUUUAAAAAGCUAUCAAUGAUUAUGAAUGAUCCAACUACAUUGCUACGGCCAUCACAUGAACCUGAGGAAAAUGAUAAGAAAAAGAUAAAAAAGAAAAAAAGCACAUCGGAUGUGGAACAAACACAACCAAAUGCAGAAAAAAAGAAAAAGCCUAAACAAGAAAAUAAAAACGUCAAAAGAGUUAAGCCAGAAGCAAAAAAGCCAGUCCAAGAAUUGAAACAGACACAGCCAGGAAUUAAUACAUUUUUAACUAAAUUAAAAUCUCCAUAAAAAGUAUUAUGAUUUUUAUAAUAAAUACAAUGAUUACUUAUUCUAAGUUUUUACACAGUUAUUUAUAUAUCGCUAUAAAAAGCUCAACGGUAAAUUAUUAUAUAAACAUCUAACAAUUGUUUAACUGUACGUU